CUGUGGUGUUGUGGGUGCCUGGAGGCAGACGCGUCUUCAACUCCUGAACCGCGUCAACCUUUCCCACCCGCACAACAUGGAAUAAUUUUCUCCUUCUUACAAAGCCAACACUCUCCUUCACCCAUAGCCAACCAUCAUUUACUUUCGUUUGUAACCCUCUUUGACCCUCUUCGGCUAUUCAUUCUUUCGCACAUCCCCUUUGUCUUUCUUUUCGACCACACUCUUUUUUGUGAAUACCCUCACUUGGAAGAAUCGUCACAGAGCAUACAUCACCACAAGCAAGAAUGUCGCUGCCGCCGCAGGCCUCAUUCAGCUCUGGCACGACUGCAGUCGCCAGUCGUGGAGCGGCCUACCCUUCUGUGGAGGAAUUCACCUCCUUCAAGCUGCCGACCAAGCCGAGAAUCAUCAAGACUCUCACUAGCGACGACGUCUCAGACCUUUCUGAUGAGCCGUAUGAUGCGCCUCGCCCUGCACCGAAUCCCUCGACGCCCAUUCCUCCUUCUCCCAUGUCUUCUGAAGAGUCGGACAGGGUCAUCAACCUCGAUUACACUCCGCCUACCGUCCGCGGUCAAAGCAUGAUUUUGCACCGUCACCCGCUCAGUGGUAAAGCCAAAUCCCCUCGCUGGCCCUUCCAGAACGCAACUCCCCGCACCUCGACCAUGGUGCCCAUUGUCCGAAGCUUCACUGCUACUUCCAGCCGAUUCGACUACCGUUCUAGAGACGACUAUAAUCCGGCAGUCGAGAUCAGCGUCACCGAGUCGUUGGAUGAGUUCCAGAUCAAUCACCCGAAUGGCCGACUUCUUGCGUCUCACCCUCAAGGCCUCUCUGUGCACGAGACUGGACGCAACUUGACCAGUCGCAACUUGGCCAAUAUUCCCACCCUAGUCGAGAAGCCUGAGAAGGACGCCCAAUCGAGCAAUGCAAUCCCUUCCAAGUACCGACAGAGACCCUUCAGACUCUUCCACCACCGUCGCUGCAGCUCUCAGCUUCUCAAUCUUCAGAUCCUCCGCCGCCGCCAAGAGAAGCGAAAGAAGGACUUCGAGACAGACACCACCUGGUACGAGCGCAUCAGUCUUGAUGACAAGAUCUAUGUAGGGUCUGCUGUCCUCAACCUCUUCUUCAUUACCAACACGAUUGUCUCCAUCACUGUCGUCAUCACUAUGACAGCUUCCGAGAUGAGCAUCCCUUACUUUGUCGUCGUUUGGAUCAUGGUCAGCAUCAUCGUCAUGAUCUUCACUGUCGUUAUGAUCCUUCGCAUGCGCUCUUUCCGCAAGAAGGUUACCGCUCUCAUUGACGAUGAGAAGCGAGUCCGCUCGACCACCUUUCCCAAGCUCUCUCAUGAGGGUCAUCUACACCUGCCCGCCGACGCUGCAGAAAUUGCCCAUCGCCGCCAGAUUGCAGCCGCGCUUGCGAAUGAGCAAGCUCACGCAGCUAGCUCGACCCAAGAGUCUGAGAAGAGUUCCGAUGGAACCGUCGUCGACCAGGUCACCCAGCCGCCUGCCGUAUUCGACCCUUUCGCCCCGGCUAUGCCCCACGACACGAGCAGCAUCUACCUCUCGGCCAGCGGCACCUCGCCCCAGGGAAUCCAGGAUACCAGCGACACUGCCUGGCAGAACGUUGACCUUGCGGCGGCCGGAAACUCCCGCACCAGCUCUAUGACUGCCGUGGUCCCGUCGGCUCCUGCCGGCGCUCCAGUGAACAACCAGAGAUCGGUUUGCUAGAAUCAUCCCGAGUUUCGGAUGCAAGCUUACGGCAGAAUGCCAAUGUUCCAUUGAGUCAGCCGUUUUCGUGUUUUGGGAGAUACUAUUAUGAAAGGGAAUGGGUGUUUUGACACAGGAGUCUGGAUGUAAUAUGGAACGGCGAUUGAUUUGUGAAGAUACCCCCUCCUGCGCAGAGAUGGAAACGGUUUCGGUUUAUUCGAGGUUUUGAUGUAGGAAUACGGUUCAAUGAGUACUAGGCAAAGAAACCAGAUGUAACUUUCAAACGCGUGUACCAUGUCUAUUUUGCAAUGCCUUCCUCGUAGUCUUGUGCGUGCGUGG